AUGGCUCCAGCGAUCGGUAUCGAUCUAGGUACGACCUACUCAUGCGUGGGCAUCUACAGAGAUGACCGCAUUGAGAUCAUUGCCAAUGACCAGGGCAACCGAACGACUCCUUCCUUCGUCGCCUUCACAGACACCGAGCGUCUGAUCGGUGAUGCUGCGAAGAACCAAGUCGCCAUGAACCCCCACAACACCGUCUUCGACGCGAAGCGAUUGAUCGGCCGGAAAUUCAGUGAUGCUGAAGUUCAGUCUGAUAUCAAGCACUUCCCCUUCACGGUCAUCGACAAAGGCGGCAAGCCAGUCAUCGAGGUCGAGUUCAAGGGCGAGAAGAAACAAUUCACACCAGAAGAGAUCUCAUCCAUGGUCCUGACCAAGAUGAGAGAGACGGCUGAAUCAUACCUUGGUGGCACCGUCAACAGCGCAGUCAUCACAGUUCCCGCAUACUUCAACGACUCUCAACGUCAAGCCACCAAAGAUGCCGGUUUGAUUGCAGGUCUCAACGUUCUGCGUAUCAUCAAUGAGCCUACGGCUGCCGCCAUCGCCUACGGUCUUGACAAGAAGGCUGAGGGUGAGCGGAAUGUUCUGAUCUUCGAUCUGGGCGGUGGUACAUUUGAUGUGUCCCUCCUUACUAUCGAAGAAGGAAUCUUUGAAGUCAAGGCGACCGCCGGUGACACUCACUUGGGUGGUGAGGACUUCGACAACCGUCUUGUCAACCACUUCGUCCAGGAGUUCAAACGUAAGCACAAGCGCGACCUCAGCAGCAACCCUCGGGCUCUUAGACGUCUCCGAACCGCUUGUGAACGUGCGAAGCGCACUCUCUCAUCGUCCGCUCAAACCUCGAUUGAAAUCGACUCAUUGUACGAGGGCAUUGACUUCUACACCUCCAUCACCCGUGCUCGAUUCGAAGAGCUUUGCCAAGACCUCUUCCGCUCCACCAUGGAGCCCGUUGAGCGUGUUCUCCGCGACGCUAAGAUCGACAAAUCCUCGGUCCACGAGAUCGUCUUGGUUGGUGGUUCCACCCGUAUCCCAAGAAUCCAGAAGCUGGUCUCCGACUUCUUCAACGGCAAGGAGCCCAACAAGUCGAUCAACCCCGAUGAGGCUGUCGCCUACGGUGCUGCAGUCCAAGCCGCCAUCCUUUCCGGUGACACUUCGUCCAAGUCGACCAACGACAUCUUGCUCUUGGAUGUUGCGCCAUUGUCCCUCGGUAUCGAGACCGCUGGUGGUGUCAUGACUCCUCUGAUCAAGCGCAACACCACCAUCCCCACCAAGAAGUCCGAGACCUUCUCCACCUUCUCCGAUAACCAGCCCGGUGUGCUUAUCCAAGUCUACGAGGGUGAGCGUGCUCGUACCAAGGACAACAACUUGCUCGGCAAGUUCGAGCUGACUGGCAUCCCACCUGCACCACGUGGUGUUCCUCAGAUCGAGGUCACCUUCGAUGUUGAUGCCAACGGUAUCAUGAACGUCUCGGCCGUCGAGAAGGGUACCGGCAAGUCCAACAAGAUUGUCAUCACCAACGACAAGGGCCGUCUGUCCAAGGAAGAGAUCGAGCGCAUGUUGUCCGAUGCCGAGAAGUACAAGGCUGAAGACGAGGCCGAGGCUGCUCGUAUCUCUGCCAAGAACGGUCUCGAAUCGUACGCCUACUCUCUGAAGAACACCCUGUCUGACUCCAAGGUCGAUGAGAAGCUUGAUGCCUCCGACAAGGAGAAGCUGAAGUCGGAGAUUGACAAGACCAUCUCUUGGCUUGACGAGAACCAGACUGCCACGAAGGAAGAAUACGAGUCCCAGCAGAAGGAGCUUGAGGGUGUUGCCAACCCAAUCAUGAUGAAAUUCUACGGUGCUGGUGGUGCACCAGGUGGCAUGCCCGGAGCCGCUCCAGGUGGAUUCCCAGGCGCCGGUGGUCCAGGUGGCGCAGCCGGUGGUGAUGAUGGCCCAACCGUCGAGGAGGUUGACUAA